GAAUAAGAGUGGACCUAAAACUACUCCUUGCACUGCAUUUUAAGAGCUAAAGCUAUUGAUGCAUUUCAUCAAGAAAAUGGAAUAGAAGAAGGCAAUGAAAUAUAAGAUCACACAAAAUCGAAAUUUCUAGUCCCUCAUCUUUUUUUGCACCGUGUAUUAAGGGUUCAGAUAUCUGGCAACCAUGCCAAAUAAAUAGACGAUUGGUCAAAUACGCAUUUGAGGUUAGACAACAAUUUUAAACUAAAGCGUACGUCUUUUGUUAAUAAAUUAAAUCGUUUAAUCCAGGUAGGGCCAUCAAAAUCAAAUAGCUAUGGGAUGACAUACAGGUCUUGAGAAUAACUUCUGUUUUUGCUCCGUCAGUCUAUCAGUUUUAGAAUAAGCAAAAACUCGUAUGUUUUCCGACCUGCAACCUGCAUGUGAUAAAUUAUAAUUAAUUAAGGAACAGUUAUAUACGCUGUAAUGGUUAUUACAAGAAAAUGCUAAUAACAUGGAGUUUCUUGUAAACUACUUUAAACGAUAAUCUCUGAUCUUGGAAAUCCCCUUUUUGCACCAUAUAUACAUGUAUACGACCGCGAAAACAAAGAAAAAACCCGACGCGACGUUUGAAUACAUAUAUGUAUUUAAUUAUUUACAACUGAUGACAACGUUGAUAUGGAAUAUGGCAAACAUAUAAAUACUGGUUUCCUGAAGAUAUAUGUGUGUUAUUGCACUUGUGCUCAUUGUGCCCAGGACUGCAUUAGAUAUACAUACAUACCUAUAACUUUAACACUGCAUACCUCUAUAUUUGACGCAAUAUGAAUUUACAUGGGCUAAUUUCGGUAAGCGUUUUACUAUUUUUGGGUGUCAGUGCUGACGAACCUCUUCAACAGUUCUCAAAGGACAAUCUUAAGUUUUCUGCAAACAUCUACCAGGAACUAGCAAAAAAGGACAAAGCCUUCAUCGCCAGUCCAAUCUCUGCCGAAAUAGUGUUAUCACUGGUCGCAGAGGGAGCUAAAGGAGACACACACACUGAGUUAUCUAAAGCAGUCCAUAUCGGAUCUAACCAACGAGAGGCGUUAAAAGUCAUCUCACCGACGCUCAAUUCAGAAAAAGAUGAUGCCAAGCUUCUAUCGGCCAAUAAAAUUUACGUAGCUGAAGGAUUCGAUAUCAAGAAGUCUAUAAAAAGUUUAGCUGCUGAUGUGUACAAAGCAGGAAUAGAGAAUGUGAACUUCAAGGAAAACGUAGCCGCUGCCGAUUUGAUAAAUAAGUGGGUAGAAGGGCGCACCAACAACAAAAUUAAAGAUCUAAUUAAACCAGACCAAGUUGACUCGCUUACAAAGCUUGUGCUCGUGAAUGUCUUAUACUUCACAGCUAAAUGGCAUCACCCAUUUACAAAAUCGCUUACCAGCCAAAAACCGUUUUACACUUCAGAAAAAGAAACCAAAAAUGUGGAAAUGAUGCAAAACACACUCGAAGCAUCCUUCUGGCACUGCGGAUACCUCAAAGCGAAGUUCCUUGAGCUGCCUUUCCUCGACACCAAUGUGACUAUGACGUUUAUACUGCCUGACAGCAAAACUGGACUGGCUGAUGUUGCAGAGAGGGUUCAGGAGUACCUAGCUCAUGCGAAAUACAUACGUAAACCGGUGGCUGUGAGCAUACCUAAGUUCACCAUCAGAAACAAUAUUGACUUAGUGCCCAUUCUGAAAGAGUUGGGAGUUAGGAAAUUAUUCAGCAAAGACGCUGACUUGAGUGGAAUCUCUGACAAAGGGGGUUUAUCGGUAAGCUCUGUACAACAGCAAGCAUACAUUGAUGUUAACGAAUCAGGUGUUGAAGCUGCAGCAGCUACAGCUGUUGGUAUAGGCCUAACAUCGGCACUUCAGCCGCCCAAGCCUGAGGACACCUUCAUCGCAGAUCAUCCAUUCUUGUAUGUUCUGAAAGACAGGACACACAACAUCGUCCUCUUUGUUGGCAGUUACAAGGGAUGAAGCUAAACAGAGCGCAUACUUGAGUGCAAAUUACAUAUCCGCUUAAUAAAUUGCUUUUUUGUACAUUGCAUAUAAUUUAUCAAACCCAGCAGUCUUAUUACACAGCUUGAGAUAUUUAAAAAUUGCUCAAUAGCUAGUGGGUUAAAAUAGAACACAACAUAGUACGGCGGCGUUUUUCUGAAAAGGAUGAAUGCUGGCGGCUUUGUAAAAUUCCAGACUCCUACGUCGAACAGUUCAAUGUGAAGACGUAAAAGUUUCAAGAUCCUGGAGAAAAUAUAUUUCAGCGUUUUGAUAAUUUUUCCAUUUUCUCGCCACUCCUAUGCUGAAAAGCAUUAGACCCCAUAAUAUAUGACAAUCCCACAGUAAAAUUGUUCUAGGAACUAAAACAUUCCGGUCAGAUAAUCAUUCACUCGGCACUUGUAGGUUAAUUUUUGUACUUGGACCUUUAACUGAGUAUGCGAUUGAAGGCAAUUUUCUGAAUUGUGACCAUUUUCAUGAUACUUUGGGGUAUAGGAUGUUAUUUUAAACCUACAGGCCGUCUGUCACGAUACGAAAUUUUGUGCUAGAUGUAGUACACUAAAUUUUGUACAAAAUUAAGUAUAGUGUCAGAAAGCAUUUAGUAUAUAAUUUUGUAUGAACAAAUUGAGGGCUAAUUUCUUUAGAACCUGUUCUAAAUAAUAUCAUGCUAAAAGUGCACAGACGCCUACUGCGAAUUUGGGGCAGUACAAUGGAUGUUAGAAGCGCUAAGUGACAAGUAAUCACAUGUUCAGUGUUAAUUCCUUGAUAUUCUCUUGAUGUUUUGUGAUGAUUAGAUGAGAUGGUAAUUGGUUGAAAAAACAAGCCUAACCUCUAAUAUGUUCAUCAGUUGUUGUGAUCAAUUGUGUUGAUCAGUUUGGCAGAAACUCCUCUACUUAUGCUGUUCUACUUGUAGAUUGAGAAACUUAAAAGAUAUCAUGAUCAAAAAAGCAGUGGGACAUACUACUAAACGAGUAGGUAUGAGAAAUAUGAUUGUUUAUAUGCUCUAGAAGCACGGCCUAUAAACAUCAAAUAAGCUGUGUUGAAUAACUUUAGAACCGAUUAGGCCUAUAAGCCAGUGGAUCCUUCACUAAAAGUUCUUUAUGCAGCAUAAUAUGGAGCACACCCAUACCCCGGUCUGUCUACCUGAUACAUUUUCCACACCAAAUCCUUUUACGGUUUCGCUUACUUCGUUUUUGCUACAACUUUUUUUCUACAAGUCUCUCAGCAGCAUGUAAAUACGCCCCAAAGAACGCAGCUUUUUCCCAAUUUAACCUAAGAUGUAUCUCCCAAAAGUCCUUUUGCAUGUAUUAGGAGGUACCUACAAAACUUAUACCAUAAUGUAAACUGCCUGCCAUUAUGAUCUUGUAGAUUAAAAAAUGGUCACUAUUUAGGUUGAUAGAAUAAUAUCGGUAAAACAUCAGUUGAAACACAUACAUAUUUGCCCGUUUUA